ACAACAAACCCUUAGCGGAAUUUAACAUUCUGAUGUAGGACAGAACUGGUGUUUGGACCAAAAACAUAUUUCCUUUAUUGGAUUGUGAGCGGCUUUUGAUAUCAUCGUUCUCAUGUGAGACAUGCAGAUCAGGCUUUUUCUUCUUUUAUGGAUUGUGUGCCUUUCCCAGGCUUCACCGGUCACAAGAAAACGAACCAAGCGAAAUGCGGAGUUAGCAGCAGAUAAAGAAGUGAGAACUAUCAUAUCGGCCAUCGUAGACGCCAUUCUUGACGGCGACAAAGUGCGCAGGUCUGAUAUCCCAGAUGACGACGACGAAGAUCAAGCAUCAAGUGCUCAAAAACAAAAAGACGUGAACGAAGAAACAGAAAAAGGCCAAAAUGGUCAAAACAAUAAAAGCUCUGACAGUGAAAAAGCUGGAGGCGCUCAAAACACACCUACGGUACAAAGUACAAAGCAAGAUUCAACACAAGAAUCAAAAAGUGAAGAACCACCAAAAAUAGUAACUCCAGACUCGGACGAGAGUGGUAGUUCAGAUACAAAAACCGUCGAGAAAGCCUCCAACGAGGAAACAGGAGAAACAUUGACAAGAAGAAAUAUUAUUCCUACAGAAGUAUUUGAAGACGAGGAUUCUGAAUCCCCAAAGAAAGAGGAUGAUAGUAUGGAUGGUUCUGGUUCUACGUCAGACUCUGGAGACUCUGAAGACUCAGGUGAAUCUGGCGAAGGAGAACCAGAUGAGAGUCCAGUUUCUGGAGACGCGAAACAGUACAAUACCUCAAAGGAAAUCAAAUCCCUUGAACAAGCCGCUAAUAGUAGUACAUCAAACAUGAAACAAACACUUACUGUCAAUCAGGAUACCAAAGUAGUAAAACAAGCAAAACAAGAAACUAAACCAGUUGAAAAAGAUGCAAAACCGGUUGAACAAGCUGCACAAGAGACUAAGCAAGUGGGAUCCGCUGAUGAAAGUGGYGGGUCUACCGAAGAAAGCGGUGAUGACAUUGAUGAAAGAAGCGAAGCAAAGGAAUCUGGAGAAAGUGUACUAGAUUCCAAAACAAAUGAGAUUGUAGAAGAAAAAGGCAACCACAAAGAUUCGCCAGCGGAAUCUGUUCAAAGAAAAGAAGCAAGUGCCCAAGGAAGCGCAGAAGAAAGUGGGGACGACGAUGAAAGUGGGGAGAGUGGUGACGAAGACGACAGUGGAGAAUCAGGAGACGAAGAAGAAUCUGGAAAUUCAUCUCUAACUAAAAGGGAUGAAAUCCCUGCCGACAAAACAGAGGGUUCUUCACCUCCAAAACCUAAAGAGACAGUGAAGGGAGCAUAUUCGGAAAAGAAGGAGUCGAUCAAAACAAAGCAAGCAACAGAUGCUUCAGGGCAGACAUCUGGCGAUGAUUCGGGAGAAGAUUCUGGUGAUGAUUCUGGAGAAUCCGCUGAAAGUGCUGAAUCAGGUGAAAGUGGCGAAUCAGGGGACAGCGAAGAACAUGGAGAAUCUGCAGAUGGGACCAUAUCUAAACGAAGCACGAUUCCAUCAGAGAAAGUGAACAAGCAACCUGAGACAGUGACUACGAAAGACAGYACCCUCGACAAAAGCUCUGAACAAAUUAAAGCAAAGGCACAACAAACUUCAAAAGCUCCCGCUGUUGAAGAUGCUUCUGCAGACAGCAGCGCAUCAGGAGAAGGCAGUGGUGAGUCUGGGGAGAGCGGCGAAAGCGGUGAUGAAGAUGAGUCUGGGGAGAGCGGAGACGACGAAGAAAGUGGCGAGUCAGGAGAAAGUGAGGAUGAAGAGAUAGGGGAAUCAGUUGAUGCUACAGUUACAAAACGCAGCGAAAUACCACAAGAAUCUCAAAGUGUUAACAAAAAAGCAGGUGAUAUGUCAGGAGGAAGUGCCGACGAAAGUGGGGGGUCUGGAGAUGACAGUGGAGAAUCUGGAGAGGACGACAGUGGUGAAUCGGGAGAAAGCGGUGACGAAGAAAAUAGUGGCGAAUCAGCGGAUGGUGCAAUUGCAAAACGAAGUAUUAUACCAACAGAAAAUACUGCAAAUAUAAAGUCUCAAGAGAAAAAGCCUUCAGCAGUUCAGGACUCAUCUGAAGAUGGCAGUGCAUCAGGCGAAAGCGGAGACGAAGAAGAAAGCGGCGAAUCUGGUGAAAGUGGUGACGAGGAMGAAAGUGGCGAAUCUGGUGAAAGUGRUGAUGAGGAAGUAAGCAGUGAGUCCGGUGAUGAAGAGGAAAGUGGAGAAUCUCAAGACAGUGAAAUAACAAAACGAAGUGUAAUUCAAAAUGAGAAUGCAAAUAAGCUUGAAGAGAAAGCAUCUGGCGAUGCAAGUGGCGAAUCUGGAGAUGAAGAAGAUAGUGGAGAAUCAGGAGAAAGUGGGGAGUCAGGAGAAUCAGGAGAAAGUGGGGAGUCAGGAGAAUCAGGAGAAAGCGGAGAAGAAGAAGAUAGCGGAGAAUCUGAGGAUGGAAAUGUAUCCAAACGAAGUGAAAUUCCAACAGAGAAAAACGAUAUCUUCACCAGAUUAGCUAAAGCAGCAGAAUCAGAAAGUGACCAAAAUGAAGAAUCUGGUGAGAGUGGUGAAGACGAUGAAAGCGGAGAAUCUGGAGAGAGUGGAGACGAAGAACAAAGCGGUGAAUCUGGAGAAAGUGGUGACGAGGAAGUUAGUGGUGAAUCUGCUGACACAUCAGUUACAAAACGAAGUGAGAUACCAGCAGACAAAGCAGAAUCAGGCCAGUCUGGAGCAUCAGGUAACAAGGAUGGUGAAGAAUCUGGGGAAUCAGGUGAUGAAGAAGAUAGUGGCGAAUCCGGAGAAAGUGGAGAGUCAGGCGAAAGUGGAGAGUCAGGAGAGAGUGRAGAKUCAGRAGARAGUGGGGAAUCUGGAGAUUCAGCAGUUACAAAACGGGAUACCGACGUCGCAGAAGAAAAUGUGGACAAUGAAGAAGACGAAAGUGGAAGCGUGAAUGGUACCAAUGACUCUGAUAAAACAGAAACACCAAAGGAAUCAGACAAAAACUUAAAUAAACCUCAAGAAAGACUUAGCAGGAGAAGUAUUAUUCCAAGACCGGACAUUCAAUCAGAUUUGGCAGCAUUAAGUGAAGACAUGACGGAUUCAGCUCUUGGCCUCGAGACUGACGAUGAUGACUUUGAAGAUGAAGAAACACCUGAGAGCAUUGCAGGAAGUGCAGAACAAAAAGUUGCUGGAAAACAACGUGUUCAACUUAUCAGCGAUACUCUUGGUGAUAUUGGGCAGGCAGCACAUGCAGUGAACGUUGAGAGAAAGUCAGACAUUAUGCGAAGUUUACCAAAGCAAACUGAUUCCUCCAGUGGCGAUGCAAGUGGAUCAGGAGAUCUGGAAACUCCAAAUUCUAACAAAAUCACUACUGAAAACCGAGCAGCUACAAUAAAGAAUCUAUUCAACGCACUUGAUGACAAUGUGGAGACUGAAAAGACAACAGAAAAGUCAACGGAAAAUGCUGUUCAGCCUACAGUAAAAAGCCAAGACGCAGAAAGAAGGUCACAAACCGAAAAGACACCAAAACAGGAAAAGGAAUUGAAGAUGGAGGCAAUGCUUGACAAGGUUUUAACACAAGAUGAUAGUGCUUCAGAAGUAGCUUCGCCAUCAAGAUUAUUACAGGCUGAACAAAAUGAGAAAUCUGAGCUUUCAGAUAUUCUUCAAAAGUCCACUGGAAACAGCCAAUCGGCAGUCAAAAAAGAUGUGAAAGCCCUUGAAGAUUAUGCUGCCGCUCUCACAGAAGUAGGGGGACUGACAACAGAGCACCAUAAAGCCAUAUCAACUAAGCUGGCACUGGACAUCAUGGAUGAUUUGAAUGUCCCAGAUGCUCAAAGAAAUAAACUUCUAGAGAAAGAAACAAGGUUUAUCAAGGAUGCCGAGUUGGCCGUCGUAAGAAGUAAAAUCGCUCAAGUACGAGAACAAAUGAUAAAAUUUGCUGAGGAAAAUCCUGGAGAUAAAGAAAAAAUUCGAGCAGAGACAAUAAAGAGGCUGGACAAUAUUAUUGAUCGACUUCCUUUAUCAAAAUCAGUCAUUGAACAGGAGUUUAAACAAAUUAAAAGAUCAUCAUUUUUACAGAAAAUCAUCCAAUCAGCUUCACAAAAACAUGAAUUAAAACAGCGACUGCGAAGAGCCAUUGCUGAUUUAAUAACUGAAGAAGUCAUGAAAUGAACUGUUGAUGGAUGAGAAUACCGUGUGGAUCAAUGGUGUUUGUGUAGGGUGUAAAACUAACUGAACUCCAGAAGUUGGACAUUGACCUACAAACCCCUAGAAUACAAACAAGAAAUCAUGCGCAGUCCCAUGAAAUAUUAAGGUCAAUGAUUAUCCAUUAUCACUCCAAAUUAGUUGUGGAUAAAUUUUCAUGUACAGAAAAUAACAGUGUAUUAAAACAUUCCAUAAAAGUGCCAACAACCUUCAAUAAUUAGAGUUUUAAGGAAGUGUUGAGGCUGAUAACAUAAUGAAAUGUGCUUAACAGCAUUUAAUUUGGCAAUUUACCUCUUGAAAAGGAAGCAAGGUUGUUGACACUUUUAGACCACUACUGUAUAUACUAUAUAGGUUUGUUCCAUUUAUCAUCCUAUAUACAUAAAACUUUCAAAAACAGAACAAUAGUAGAAAUAAGCAACUUACAAUAGGUUAUAUUUAUUGGGCUUCCUGUGCAGGGAUUUGCCACAGGAAACCCAUUCAUCAAGGACAUAAUGUUUAUGUUCUGAUUACAAUAUUGGCGAUUGAUUAUUCCAUUGAUUAAGGCUGAUAAUUUAUGCUUGAUAUGCUGAUUAAUAUAUAUGUUAAUAAUAUUGCUACAUUAUAUGUAGACCUGUAUUUAGGUUGGUCAAUUCUUUUGACCCUCAUUUACAUUGGUGGAUUUUUUGACUGGAGCUACGUUAAGCUCUCACAAUAUUUUAGGAAAUGAAAAUAAAAGCAAAGAAAAAAACACUA